AUGAAACUCGUCAUCGCACCGGCUGCUGGCAUCGCCGACUGCGCCUUGUACACCACAGCGAAGAACUUCCUUUCCCGCCUCGAGAGUAAUGGUAGCGUCUCGUUACUUUGUCUUCAAGCCAUGGUCCUAAUAGCCUUGUACGAGUAUGGCCAUGCAAUCUAUCCAGCAGCUUGGAUGAUUAUAGGUUCGUGCGUGCGCUACUCCGAUCUCUUGGACCUCACGCCCCGUGAUUACCUUAUGUUGGGCCAAGCUACGACGUGGACAGAGGCCGAAGAGAGGAGGAGAGUGUGGUGGAGCAUCUACAUCCUGGACAAGCUCGUGGCGAUGGGUGGCAGAAGACGUUGCCUCAUGCCGGAUCCUCAACCUGAGUGUAGAUUGCCUGUUGAUGAUGAAGCAUGGGACUGCGGUGAAGUCAGCAAGGCUCUUGGCCAUUCGACUAGUACACCCUACCAGGGAUACGCACGCGAUAAAUCAAUCAUAAAUACAUCUCGCAUUGCAGAAAUCAUUUCUCUUACCCACGAGCUCACAGGUUUUGGGGCCGUCGUGGACAACGAAAGUACUGCUCUCAGUCUCGACAAAAGUUUCUGCCUUCUUGCUCCUCGGUGUAUUGUUCGUUCAGCGCUAUUCGUCGCUCUUGAUCGCUUUACAUGCCCGGAAAAGAUUAGCGCAGAGCCCGGGUAUAUUGAAAGCCAAGUUGAAAAGACACAGGAGGAGCUGGAGCUUCAAAGACAAUCAAUGCAGGUCAUCGAGUUGGCGAGCGAAGAGUUGCACACUUUAAGUCUCGGUAUGUUGCCCAUGCUUCGAGCCGAAGUGGACAUGACUGAGACGAGUUCACUAGGGUAUAUGAGCCCCUUCAUCAUGGAUUCUAACUACGCAGGUGCCGCGACAUUCCACUGGCUUCUCGGGGAAAGCGGGAAAGAACGUUUACGCCACAGCUGCCGCUAA